AUGAUGAGCAAGAUCACAGUGGGCGUCCUAGCCCUCCAGGGUGCCUUCUACGAGCAUCUGCAACUCCUCCGAAAAGCCGCCGACCUUCUAGCCUCUGCCUCUUCUCAGGAAGUAUCCCAAUGGGACUUUAUCGAAGUACGGACAAAAGCGCAAUUGGAUGCGUGUGACGCACUCAUCUUACCCGGUGGUGAGAGCACAACCAUUUCUCUUGUGGCUGCUAGAUCAAAUCUAUUGGAGCCAUUGAGGGAUUUCGUCAAAUUACAUCGCAAACCGACAUGGGGUACAUGCGCCGGCCUCAUUCUCCUUGCCGAAUCAGCCAACCGCACAAAGAAAGGAGGCCAAGAACUCAUCGGCGGCAUUGAUGUGCGCGUAAAUAGGAACCAUUUCGGUCGCCAGACGGAGAGUUUCCAGGCGCCUAUUGAUCUACCAUUCUUACAAGACGGAGCUAAAUCCCUACCAUUUAACGGCGUGUUCAUCAGAGCACCCGUCGUCGAAAAGAUCCUUCCCCAUCAAAAGGGCAUACAAACCGAAGAAGACCAGCGGGCAGAAACAGUCGUCGCUCCAUCACGAGAAGUAGUCGACGCCGCCGCUCAAAAGGCACUCGAAGAUGAAGUGGAAGUACUCGCAAAACUACCCGGAAGAGCAGCACGCCUAGUAGCAAAUAGCGGCGUGAAUAUUGAUGCCGAAAAGGAGGCUGGAGAUAUAAUUGCUGUUAAGCAGGGGAAUGUGUUUGGUACGAGUUUUCAUCCGGAGUUGACGGAUGAUCCGAGGAUUCAUCUUUGGUGGUUGAGGCAGGUGCAAGAUGCCUUUUCGAAAAGGAAUGGUAUAGCGGCUUGA